GGAACUACCUAAUGUGAUAAGCGUGUGAGUGUGUGACACCCUUGCCAUGACCAGAAUCUUUGUGCGGCAAAAGACUUAGGGCUAUGUAUAUAAAUAUAUAUAUGUUUUGUGUUCUCAAUUUAAAACUUCCAUAAUACAGAUUAAAACCUUGGUCAAUAGAGAGAGAGAAAUACGGGGAUAUUCAUCAUGAAAAGAUGGGCAGAUUUGCCACUGCAAGCCCUCCGAACAAUCGCAAUGUUCCUUCAAUGCGACGCAAACGACUUGCACAAUUUUCAAGCUGUGUGUAAGAAUUGGCAUCACUCAAAUACUAUCUCCGCCCUCUUACCCUACCGUAUAGAAGAAGCAAAGUGCACUAUAUUCUCUUCUUCUGUCUAUCUCAUCCACCCCCCUGAAACUUACAACGGCUCUUACCCUUGGAUGGUGAGCACUGUCAAAACUCCUGAUGGCAGGACUCAAUUCUGCCACCCCUUUUUUGGUACACCGCUCCCUAAUCUUCCCGAUAAUCUUGACUUGGGUCAAUUUCGUUUCUCGUGUCUCGCUGAAGCCUACCAUCAGGUAUAUGACCAUGGAGAUGAGUGUGAAGAUGGAUGCACAUCACCUCUCUCCUGCGAAGUGUAUGGAAAAACCUGUUUCGUGUCUAUGCCAGUCCCGAGCUUGGAACAAUGUUGGGUGUUUUAUUUAAACCGUAUGGGUUGUUUACAGGGAUACCCUUCAACUGGGACUAAAUUACAGGGAUGGGAUGUACCAUGUUUUACCAUGUCUUACAAUAAUGUUAACCAAUUUGAUGAUAUGCUGUGUUUUAGGGGUGUGAUUUAUGUUUUAGAUACUCAGGGAAAACUCUAUCAAAUGUCUAACGACGUAUUAGGAUUGCUAAAAACAGUUGUUGAUUGUCCGGUUUCUGAAUUCGAACAGUCUAACAUAGGAUGGAGGAAGCGGUUGGCAGUAUCAUCAACUGGAACUUUUUAUUUGGUAAAACAAACCAGAAGAGGUUUCAAUGUUUUUGAGUUAAAUAUGUGUGACGAUAACUCCAGAAGAUGGGUUAAGGUUUCGGGAUUCCCGAAUCAUGAGGUACUGUUUGUGACUAGAUACUGCAGCUUCUUUAUUGCUGUUGAUAAAUUUCCUGGUAAUCAAUUAUACAACAGCAUCGUUUACUCCAACUCUGCUUUUCCUCCUAAUUCUGGCAAUGGUUGGCGGUUUUCAGAAGAGGAGAUGAUUUAUUGUUUCAUGCUAGGAAAAGAACUUGAAGUACCCCAGCCAUUUUCAACAAACAUAGGAUUACUCCAGCUAUUGUCACCCCAACCAUGGGUAUAUUUUGAGGCUCAAAAGUCUUCUUUCCUAUCAUCAUCUCAUAGUGAUGAUGAGGAUGGAACGACACAAUCUGAUUCAAGUAGCAAUGAUAGUUCUUCUUGGCAAGAUGUGAAUGGAAUGACACAAUCUGAUUCAAAUAGCAAUGACAGUUCUUCUCGGACUUCCUCUUCCUCAUUUGGUGAACCUGAAUACCAGGAACAAACCACUCAGAAUCCUCCUGUCAAUAAUGGUAUGAAUCAUGUUGCGGAAGCAGAAUCUCAUCCGAACACUUCAAUGGAGGAAAGCAGAACACACUCUGCGGAACGAAGAUUGAAUCUCCUCAAGGAAUUAGACGAACGUAAUACGUUGAAGAAAAUACUUGAAGAAAAUGUGGCCAACGUGGCGAAAUUGGACAGGGUUUUGGGACGGAGAUUGAUGUAAAGUCAAUAGUUAUAGAUUCUAAUUUCUACAGUUUCAAGCUAUGGUUAUCUGAUGAUAACUUUGGGUUUGGAUUUAACUUUCGUUUGCUGUUUAAGUCUUGAAAUUCAGAAUAUUGAUAUACAUGCAGUGUAUACAAGUGCUUGUACACACUAAUUUCGUUAAAAUUGUUGCACCAUUUGGACUAUUUAUACGGUUCGUGUUGUUAUCUUUGACCACAUUAAGUAAAAACU